AACGUCCAUCCAUCCAUCCUCUCCCCGUUUGCGUAACCACCACCACCGCACCCCACCCAUCGAUUAUCUCUCUCUCUCUCUCUCUCUCUCUCUCAUCACUCAUGAACUACUCCAGGAUCGACUGAAGUUUUCGACUUCGUUAUCUGUUGUGGUUGUGAUUUGAGGUGGAUUGUCUUUGUAUAAAUCAUUUGUAGAAGAUGUUGGGAGGAAGCAACAACAAUUCAUUAGUCCCUGUCUUUGUUGAUGAGAACCUUUUCCAAUAUCCUUUAAACGCAUCAAAUCAGUUGCAGCUAUUUGGAAAUGUAUCAACUGCAUGUAAUGUUGAUCCAGUAAACUAUUCUGCAAGAGAGCAUAAUAGUCCUCUCUUUCGGCCCAAUAAACGACUAAGGGAAGCUGAGCCUAAUUUAAUGCAGAAGAAGCUUCAGAUAUCAUUGAAUCACAACUUCUAUCAUGACGAUUCUGAUCGCCCUUCAAGCAUUCCAAAUACACACCAUGUAUCAACUGGUUUAAAGUUAUCUUAUGACGAUGAGGAGCGCAACUCCUCCAUCACUUCAGCAAGUGCAAGUAUGACAUUAGCACCAUCAAUUAUGUCUUCUUUUGGUGAUAGCAUUACAACUGAACUUGAUCGUCACAAAGAAGAGUUUGAAAGAUACAUUAUGAUUCAGGAAGAAAACAUGUUGAAAGGGAUGAGGGACAUACGACAGAGACAUAUGACUUCCUUUCUGGCUGCUAUCGAGAAAGGGGUAGACCAUAAACUACAUGAGAAAGACGUAGAGAUAGAAACCAUAAACCGUAAAAACAAGGAACUGAUGGAGAGAAUAAAACAGGUGGCGAACGAAGCCCAGAAUUGGCACUACAGAGCAAAGUACAACGAAUCAGUGGUUAACAUACUCAAAACAAACCUUCAACAAGCAUUGGCUCAGGGAAAUGACAACCAAAUGAAAGAAGGAUUUGGAGACACAGAUAUCGAAAAUGAUGCUGUAUCGUCCAUGGAGCCUAAAAAUGAGGUUGGUUUGGGCAGCAGUUGCAAAGUAUGCAGGGCAAAGGAGGUGUCGGUUUUGGUGAUGCCGUGUAGACACCUGAGUUUGUGCAAAGAAUGUGAUAGGUUUACGAGUGUUUGUCCGGUGUGCCAGAUGGUGAAAACGGUUAGUGUGGAAGUAUACCUGUCGUGAAAUAACGACAUUUAAGGGGUUUUGGGUAAAUAUGGAUAUUUCUGGCAAGAUAAUGGUUGAAAUUUUGAACAUUGAAGCAAGUUGGCAAAGGCCACUGAAUCGGAGAGAGAUUGUGAACGUGAAUUCUCGAUCUUUAUCAAUCACAUGAAAACACAUCGUCAUGAAAUACAACAAAUUUGAAUUAAAUAAAU